CACACACACCACUAGCUACACUUGGACCACAAGAUAUCGGUUCGUUGCCACGCACGAUGAGAGCGUUCGUGUUGUUCGCCGUGGUUGCCAUGGCGGCCAGCAUGGCCGUCGCCGAGCAGUGCGGCUCGCAGGCCGGCGGGGCGACCUGCCCCAACUGCCUCUGCUGCAGCCGCUUCGGCUGGUGCGGCUCCACCUCGGACUACUGCGGCGACGGAUGCCAGAGCCAGUGCUCCGGCUGCGGCGGCGGCAGCACGCCCGUCACGCCCACCCCAUCGGGCGGCGGCGGCGUGUCCUCCAUCGUCUCACGCGCCCUCUUCGACCGCAUGCUUCUCCACCGCAACGACGGCGCCUGCCAGGCCAAGGGCUUCUACACCUACGACGCCUUCGUCGCCGCCGCAUCCGCCUUCCGGGGCUUCGGCACCACCGGCGGCACCGACACCCGGAAGCGCGAGGUGGCCGCCUUCCUGGCCCAGACCUCCCACGAGACCACCGGCGGGUGGGCGACGGCACCGGACGGAGCUUUCGCCUGGGGCUACUGCUUCAAGCAGGAGCGUGGCGCCACCUCCAACUACUGCACUCCGAGCGCGCAGUGGCCGUGCGCCCCAGGGAAGAGCUACUACGGCCGUGGGCCGAUCCAGCUCUCCCACAACUACAACUACGGGCCUGCGGGCCGGGCCAUCGGGGUCGACCUCCUGCGCAACCCGGACCUGGUGGCCACGGACCCGACCGUGUCGUUUAAGACUGCGAUGUGGUUUUGGAUGACGGCCCAGGCGCCAAAGCCGUCGAGCCAUGCUGUGAUCACGGGCCAGUGGAGCCCAUCAGGGACGGACCGGGCAGCGGGCCGGGUGCCCGGGUUUGGCGUGAUCACCAACAUCGUCAACGGCGGGAUCGAGUGCGGGCAUGGGCAGGACAGCCGAGUCGCCGACCGGAUCGGGUUUUACAAGCGCUACUGCGACAUCCUCGGCGUUGGCUACGGCAACAACCUCGACUGCUACAACCAGAGGCCCUUCGCUUAACUAAUUAGUUAUACAUAACCCCGCACACAAAAUUCAAUAAGAGCAUCAGAGCAUGGGGUAAGUUGUAACUAUGGUUACUUCUCCUGAGAAUCUCAAUAAACGCAUCCAAUAUAGAUGCUUUGGUAUUGAGGUUUAGAAAAAAUAUUGGCUCAUGCUUUGAGAUCA